GGAAGUAACGGUAUUAAAGACGACGACAACAACAACAGAACACGUUUUCACAAUUUUUUGUUUGCAUCAAAACAACAAUGUCAGAACAAGAUAAUGAUAAUCUUGAAGAUUUAGAUGAUGUUAUAUCACCUGAUGAUGUCGUUGAAAUAAUUGAACUGGAUGAUAAUGGAGUUGUUGUAGAUGCAAUGGAUGAUGUAGUUAUAAUUGAUGAUGACGAUGAUGAUAAUGGAGAUGUAGAUAUGGGAGCCAGUGGAGGUGAGGACAUCAAGGACAUGGCUGAUAUAGUGUUCGACAAACAUACAGAUGCUGUUUUUUGUGUCAGUAUAGACCCAAAGUCAUGUGACCUUGUGGUGACUGGAGGACAAGAUGACAAGGCAUAUGUGUGGAAGUUGUCAACUGGAGAGGUACUUUUUGAAUGCAUAGGACAUAAAGACUCAGUGACAUGUACUGGAUUUAGUCAUGAUGGUGUCUAUGUUGCUACUGCAGACAUAUCAGGACUUGUUAUUGUGUGGAAAAUUGACUCUAAAGAAGUAGUAUUCACAUUUGAAUGCUCCGAUGCAGAGUGGAUGAAAUGGCACCCAGCCUCUCAUGUUUUGUUUCUCGGCACUGUUGAUGGAGAUGUAUGGAUGUGGAAGAUCCCCAGUGGUGACUGUAAAACUCUACAAAGUCAUGGUCGUACAGCAUCAUGUGGAGUUGUCUUAGGUGAUGGAAAAAGAAUGUGUGUAGGUUAUGAUGAUGGCUCAGUUAAAUUAUGGGAUUUAAAAUCAGGGACAAUACAACAUAGUGUCACAGGUAAUUCAGCUCACAAGUCAACGGUGUUAUCUGUAGAUGUGAAUCCAUUAAACAAUCUUAUCAUAUCUGGGUCAACUGAUGUCACUGCAAAAAUUAUCAAUGGUGCUACAGCUAAGGUUUUAGCAACUUUUGAUUGUUCAUCUCCAGGUGUAGAAGAGAAUUCAGUAGAAACUGUAGGAUUUUCACCAACGCAUGCAUUUGCAGCAACAGGCACUGUGGCUGGAGUGUUAAGCAUAUGGGAUACAAAUACACAGAUCUGUAGACAUAGGUGUCCUCAUAAUGCUGGUAUAGUUAGUUUGCAAUGGGACAAGUUAUCUCCCAUGGUAUAUACAAGUUGUUUAGAUGGCGCUAUACGCCUAUGGAAUGCUCGUAGUGGAGAACUAACAUCAACAUGGACAGGACAUAGAGAUUCCAUUCUAGGCUUUGAUAUUUCAAAGGAUGGCAACUGGUUGGUGACAGCUUCAGAUGAUAAUACUGCAAGAGUAUUCUCCCUUAGUUCACCAGACAGAUGAGGGGAAUUAUGGUCAAAAGAUAGGAACUUCAAGCAAUUGUGAUAUGAUAAUGAUUUCUGCAUUAUGCAAUAAAUGUAUGAGGAAAAAAGCAACAAGAUAUCUUUUUGAAAACCAAGAUAAUUUCAUAAUAAAGUACACAUUAUUUCUAUUCAAAACCAAGAUAUGGGAAGACACAAUUUU